AUGAUUGAGUCGUGGUUGUUUGUCCGGAUGUUUGCCACGCGGAAGUUCGAAUUCUGGCUGGGGAGGCCGUCAUUUGACCUUGAUACCGGCACUGCGGUCGCUCAGCGGCGCUUCGUGGUCAACAAGUAUGCCCUUGCCUUGAUCGUCUGCUCGCUGGGGGCCGCAGUCGGUAGCGAAUUCCUUCAAAGACUCUUGUCUUCUGGCCGUCGGUCUUUUGACCCGAUGGACAUGAUAUGCAAUGUUUUAGGAAGCGUUACAGGAAUCGCUGUCGCGCACUACCAAGAACGAUGA